AUGAACAUUGCAUUGAUUUCGAAGAACAAGGAUAAGUUCAUCGAUGGUAGUUUCCCCAAACCUUCGAUCACCGAUCCUCUCUAUGGUCCAUGGAUUCGCUGCAACACUAUGGUUUUGGCUUGGAUUCAUCGAUCUAUCUCUGAUUCUAUUGCGCGCUCGGUUUUAUGGAUCGAUACGGCUGCCGGAGUUUGGAAAAAUCUCAAAAUUAGGUUUUCGCAAGGAGACAUUUUUCGUAUUUCUGAUAUUCAGGAAGAACUUUAUAAAUUUCGUCAAGGUACUCUUGAUAUUUCUGAUUACUUUACUCAAUUGAAGGUUUUAUGGGAUGAAUUGGAAAAUUAUAGACCCAUUCCUCACUGUAAGUGUUCAAUUGCCUGUACUUGUGGAGCAAUUGAUUCAAUCAACAUUUAUCGUCAACAAGAUUAUGUCAUUAGAUUUCUUAAGGGAUUAAAUGACAAGUUUUCUCAUACCAAAUCUCAAAUAAUGUUGAUGAAUCCUUUACCUGACAUAGAUACUGUUUUCUCUAUGUUAAUUCAACAAGAGAGGGAAAUUGGGAAUUCUGUGAUUGAUUCCAUUGUCAAUGAUGCUCCUGAUAGGAAUUCUUCUAAUGUUCUUUUGGCCAAUUCUUAUUAUGGUAAAUACAAUUCCAAAGGUAAAGGCCAAAAUUCUGGUUCAAAAGGCGGUAAUCGUUUUUGUACAUAUUGCAAAGGCACAAAUCACAUAGUUGAAAAUUGUUGGAUUAAACAUGGUUAUCCUAUUGGCUAUAAGGGUAAAGGAAAGAAUUUGUCUCAAUCAACACAAGUAAACAGUGUUGCAGCACCCAAUGUCAUGGUUCCUAAGUCUUCUCUACAGUUAGAUUCUACUACAUCAUCUACAAAACCACUUUUUGGCUUCACUCAAGAGCAAUAUCAUGGCAUCCUUGGUCUUUUCCAACAAUUACAAUCUCAACCUUCACCUUCUUCUAACUCUGUUUCAACCUCCCCUCUUGUAUUCAAUUCCCAGUCUUCUAAUGGUAAUGGUAAGUGUUCUAAUCUUUGGAUUUUAGACACCGGCGCCACUGAUCAUUUCACUUUUGAUCUUAGUUGUUUUAGCACAUAUCAGAACAUCAUUCCUAUGCCUGUUUCUUUACCAAAUGGAACACAAUUAUCGUAA